AUGCAAGUUCAACUCGUUUACAGGAAAAACGAUGAGGAACCUAUUCUAUUGGAAAUGCAUGGCCAACUCAGCUCCGUUGACGAUUUAGAUGGACAAGACUUAGGCUCUUUGCAAUGGUUGAGCGAAAAAGAAGCAAUGCUGGCGAUUGGUGCGCAAAUUAUACGUGGAAAACUCAUUGAGCUCGAGAAUCCAUUGCUAUUGACGAAAACGUCGGAUCUUGUUGGACUUCAACAAACGGACAACGUGCAACUCGAGAUUUCUCAUGUGAUCACCCACAAAUUACUCUUUAACACGAAACCCUGCGACAUCGCUGACACGUUGAUGCCGAGGAUUGAGGAAAAAGAGAAUGGGACACUCUCACAACAUUCCACACAACAAUCCACCCAA